AGUUAGUUCUUUAAUCAUGGGUAAGGUCUGUCGAGUUUCUGUGCAGUUAGCACUCAUCGUAUUCUUUGUGGGGCAGACGUUCGGAUUCAUGAGAGAACUACAGAAUGAAUACCCGAACGACAAUUUUGUCAUAUCGCCAUUUCUGUUAGCCGAAGGAUUAUCACUACUAUAUUUGGGAGCCGAAGGCCAGAGCGCCAACGAACUUAAAAGUGUCAUACCCAAUUUUCUCACAAACAAGAAUUCGGAUAUAGAUUCGUAUUUGUCCGAGGAUCGAGGCGAAUUGAAAUCAGCUGAGGAUGAAACAUUGAAAUUCGGUAAUCGCUUUUAUGUGCCAAAUGAAAUGAACAUUUUACGUGACUAUGAAAAAAAGAUAAAGAAAGUAUUCAAAACUAAUAUUAAUCGGAUUGACUUUAGCAACCCCAAAUCUGUUAAUGUGAUCAAUCGCUGGGUAGCCCAACAAACUGAUAACAAAAUCACUAAUCUAAUUGAAAAGCUUAACGGAGAUGAGAAAAUGAUACUUGCUAGCGCGAUUUCCUUUAAUGGGCAAUGGCAAUUUCCAUUCGAUGAGACUCUUACAGAGAAGGUACCCUUCUAUGUACCAAAGGAAGGAAAAACCACGAAAACUGUUAAGGUUGACAUGAUGAACAGAGUCAGUUUCUUUUUGAGAAAAUUCGUUAAGGAACUGGAUGCUGAUGCCAUAUCAUUGCCCUAUGCCAACUCAAAUAUUACUAUGGUUGUUCUUCUGCCGCGAGCCAUGGAUGGCAUAAACAAACUCCUCGAUCACCUCACGGAAGUGAAUAUCAACGAUAUAUUACGUGAAAGCGAACUAAACCGAUUACAUCUACAUUUACCAAAAUUCAAAUUCGAAUUUAAAAUCACUCUAAAUGAUAUGCUGAAAAGCAUCGGCCUAAACGAAAUAUUUACAAAUGCCAAUUUAAAAUUAAUGACUGACUAUGAAAGUGAAUUAAAAGUUGCUGAAAUAGUUCAAAAGACUGUUAUUACGGUUGAUGAAAAGGGUACAACACCAACAGCUGGUAAAGGAGCUAAUGCGGAUAAAAGGAUGCGUAUGGAGCACCUAGAAGUCAAUCAUCCGUUUGUAUUUUAUAUCAUUGACGACGAGAGAAUUUACUUUGUCGGACAAGUUCGCAAUCCUCUAAUUUAAUUAAAGAAACGAACGUACCUAAAACCCAUUGGCUCUUCUAAAUCAUUAUACAAUUGAGUAACUCUUCCCUUUUCCUGAUCUUCAUAAAUUGUGUAUAUCAAUAAAUAUUCAAAUAUAUCAGACGAACGAUUUAUAUAAAGUUAAAUAAA